AUGGUAAUUCUUGAACGCAGCGUUGCUUUCCUGUCGCAUGUGAUGGGCUACACACCAGAGCAGGUGCAAGAUGCAGCGGUGCAACUCCUGCAAGACGGCGGUGGUGUCGAAGUUUGCAUCCUAGCAAAUAGUCGCACAAAACACGCGCCCCCUACCCCCCAGCGCCCUUCUGGGUUUGCUAAGCCCGGGCUGGAGAGUCCUGAGGAGGUCGUUAAGUCUGCACACCACGAGAGCCCCAGGGAGGGAGGCGAUGAUGAGGACGUUGACUGGUCGAGUUAUACCGGGUUAUCCGUCGAGAAGUCAACUGGGAAGUGGGCGGCUAAGAUUUUGACGUGGGAAGGGGUGAAACGGCGGCAGCAUCGACUCGGAGCAUAUACAACCCCCAGGGAGGCCGCCCAAGCGUUUGCCGCUGCUGCUUUUGUGCUGCGGCCCGGUGUGGAGAUGGAGAAAACCAUCCCCCUGACAGAUGCACAAAAGGGGUUGUUGAAGGGGUGCGACAAGGAUGCGGUGGCGAAGCUCGUGGGGGCGCGCAUGUGGUGGCGGUGGAGGAAGUGGGCGACGGUGGUGCAGGAACUGAAUGCCAAGAAGAAACGUGUGAGGAAGAGCCCGUCAGCUAACACACGGGGAAAGAAGAGGCGAACCAACGUCAACUCGGCGGGUGUAGGGGUUGUUGAAGCGAUGGGUAGUGAUGGUGGUGGAACUUUACAAACGGAGCUGGUACGUAAUGCUGGGCCCGACCUCAUGGAGAAAGAAGCGCAGUCUGAGGGUGCGAUCGGCAAGGAAGAUGAGGAUGACGGUGUUGAGGGCGAAGAGGGAGAUGAGGGCUCCGAGGGUGAUGCAAAAUACGUGUGCGAGGAAGAUGGUGACGAUGAUGAGGAAACCGAGGGCAUCGAGACCACUGAGGCGACACAACAGCGCGACUAUCCUGAUGCCAAAGAUUCCGAAUCGGCGCAGUCCGCGAGCAAGGGCGAGAGCGAUGAGGGGCAGGCUAAAACCAAGCCAGCCAACCAUGUUCAUUCUGUAGCGAUUAAUGCAUCAAAAGGGGGCAAAGAUAAACCUCUUGAAGUGGAGGGUGAUGACCCGCUGGUCGCCUUACGUGCAACACCAGAGGGGUCACAAAACCCUUCCGAGGAGGUGCCCGUGUAUGGCGCCGUGUUUGAUAGUCUUAAGCGGGCGCAAGAUGACAACGCUAAGACCGUGGCUCGGCUGGAAGAAUUGUUGAUGAAAGCCUUGGCAGAGAGUCCUGGUGGGUCAUGUCGCCGGAAAGCGGAGAAGCAGAGAGAUCCCGGACUCAGGUGUGCCAACCCGAAACAUCGCCGUGUGGAGGCGCGCAGUGACGCUUCUGAAGGCGACGAGGACGACGAGAGUGAUGAUUCGCGCCGGCGCCAUAUGAGGUCUUCAAGGUCGCCUGUGCUGCAGAGCGCGCUUGAUCUGCUCCCUGCAGACAAGGCGUGGAAGCGCAUGUGCGACCUAGUCAGGGUGUACCUGUUUAUGAGCAAGUCGUACGCAACGAUGACGUUUUACCCGAGUAGCGACGACAAAACCGACGGGGUUUGUGCGGUUUUAGACCGUCUGCCCUACACUUACGCGUGCCUGGCAUUGGCUGCUGACAAGUCACGUCGAGCUGAUUUGAACAAGACGUUGAGCGAGUGGAAGACCCGUGCUGCAGCGCGAGUUAGAGAUAUCGCGCUUCCAAAGCUCGGGUUGUUCCGUGACGAGAUAGAUGCAUCGAGCCCAUGGGCACCGGAGAAGGAGCGCAGCGCAGAGAAGAUCCAGGAACGCAUAGGUCUGUCCGGUGAGGAAGCGGGUACGUGA